UAUUUCGUAGGAGUGACGUGGAAGAAGUUUGUCUCCUGCGAGGCACCAUCCUCGAUACCCUUUCCCCUUUCCCUUUCUCAUAGCGAGAUUUCUCUUUAACUUUUAAUGUUUUUACGUUGUAAAUCGAGUGCCUUUGGGACGUAAUCUUGUUAGUCUUCUUAGUUAUAUUCCGCGUGUAAGUGGCAUGAUGUUCACGUCCACCGGUUCUUGGGGAUUGUAUAAAGCACCCCUGUCCAAGAGCUUACUGCUGCUUCCUACAGUCCUCGCUGUGCUGCUGACUGUGCUUCUGCCUCAGUACCAGGAUCUGUUCAUAUACAACCUACAGGCUGUCAGGCAGGGCAAGCAGUUGUGGAGGCUGGUGAGUGGACGGCUUAUCUGCCUGGAUCUGAAAGACACUUUCUGCAGCAGUUUGCUUAUCUACAAUUUCCGCAUAUUUGAGAGGAGGUUUGGCAGCCACAAAUUUGCUUCCUUCCUUUUUGGAGCCUGGAUUCUGUCUGCUUUUGUGGACUUGCUGCUGACAGAGGCUCUUCGUUUCAUGUUUGAACUUCAGGUGGAUGUUCUUCCAGCUGGACUGCUGGGCCCAGUCUUUGCUCUCUUUGUGCCUUUCUACAACACCAUCCCACGUGUUCAGGUCACUCAGCUGCUUGGCCACAUCUCAAUCACAAACAAGUCUCUGACAUACAUUGUGGGUGCACAGCUCCUGACCUCAAGUGCCUACAUGUGGAUUGUUGCUUGUAGUGGACUUAUCGCAGGCAUGUUGUAUUACAGUAAUAAGUUGGCGGUCCAGAAGUACUUGCGUGUGCCAGAAUGGGUGGCCAGAUGUGGUUCUGUGCUCCUAGAGCCUGUCCUCUCAGAUUCUGAGCCCACUGCAGAGGCUCCGCUGGGGAUGGGCGCCACUUUGGACAUCCAGAGACAGCAGAGGAUGGAUAUGCUGGACCAGCAACUGCUCCUGUCUCAGCUGGCACACUUCAGGAGAAAUGCACAGCAACAGCAGGCUCAGACAGGUCUCCUGAAUUGGAACAGACUCUUCCCUACUUUACGGCACAGAGGACAGAACCGGCACCAAGAGGGUCCUCAGCCACAGCAGCCCCCCUAUACACACCCGCCAGAUAACACAGCUGUGGUCGAGGAACAGGUUGCAAGAUUAAUGGAGAUGGGAUUCUCAAGAAUGGAUGCCCAAGAAGCUCUCAGAGCUUCUAAUAAUGACAUUAACAUUGCAACAAACUUUUUGCUUCAGCACUAAAACAAAAUAAAUUGAAAAUGACUUAAGAGGACAAGGAAAAUGAGUGGAAAAGUACUUAAGAACACAACAUUGGUGUCAUAACUACACCCGUUGGAAGAAGUUAAGGGCAGUCGACUUUGGUACACAACUCACAGGAGCUGAUGAUGUCACUUUGUUUCUGGCUGCUUAUUGACUGGGCGGGAGUUGACUUGCAAUUGCAGCCUGAUCCAUAGGACAGAGCCAACACGUUGGACCAUCGUACAUUGUGUCUCAGGGCUUGUGUCAUUUAGCGUUGUCCUUCAACCUAUAUCUUCUAAAUAUUAAGAAUCCUGUAAUGUAUUGAUAUAUUAUCGAACCACGUGCUGUUUUGCUAUAAAUAAACUUAAGUCUUAAAGGUAUAGUUCACCCAAAAAUGUACUUGCCCUGAUGUUACAAAGCUGGAAUGACAUGAGGGUGAGUAAAUGAUGACAGAAUUAUAUUUUUUGGGGUGAACCAUUCAUUUUUAGGUAGAUUCGUAAAGGGCUAGUUGUAUGGCAGUGUAUUUAGAGUACACCUGGAUUUAUUGACUUCUUGAAGAGACCUCUGCCACUGACAGGCCAGAAUCAGUCCAGAAUUGGCUAAUCAAAGUUUGGAAAACUACCACAAAAUGAGUGAAAGCAUGAGAUCUAAUAUUCUCUAAAAGCCUCAGAAUAGUUUUUAUAUAUAUAUAUAUAUAUAUAUAUAUAUAUAUAAAUUUAAACAGAAACACAAAUUGUGUCAUUGUUAUUGUGACUUUGGUGUCUGAAAAGCCUGAAAAGGUACUAUAACUUUUAUAGUGUCUUUUUGAAAAAGAAACAAAUGGAACUUUUAUGCCAUAGUAGUCCAGUUUUAAAAAUUUGUGUUAAUAUGAUACUUUUCUGUGCAAUGAGAAUUGAUAAUAUUCAGAGCAUCUCUCUCUCUCUCUCUCUCUCUCUCUCUCUCUCUCUCUCUCUCUCUCUCUCUCUCUCUCUGAGAGUGAGACAAAGCUUUUUUUUAACAGCAUGAUUUUCUUGGUGGUAUAAAAAGACAAGGUAAAAUAUGGUUUAAAAUGACUCAUUGAAGGGAGUGUUGAUACCCAUCACUGCCAUUAAAAUCAUGUCUUUAAAGAAUGUAGCCUUUUAAACUUAAUUUAUAAGAUUGAUGUUUUAUGCUAAUCAGACUGUUCAUGUGAAUGUUCUCUUGUUUUAUUAUGCUAAACAGUGUUUUUUUGUCUAAUCAAGUGGUGUUCAAACUUAAAAAAAAAAAAAAAAAAAAAAAAACACUUUAGCUACACUUAAGAUACUUUAAUGUUUUUACUCCACCAAAAAGCAAAUCACUCCUGCCACUCUUAAUGUUCUGUGUUGAACACUCAUUGUGGUCAAAUAGUAAUAUUUAUUAUUUUUGAAAAGUUAACACUUUAAGAUGGUCUUUAAAUAAUGAUGGUGAUGAAGAUGGUUGCUCUUUUUUCUUUCUACUUCUUGAACUUUUUUUUAAAAAGAUUAAACUCAUUCUGUAAACCACCAGACUAGACUUGUAACAGUCCUUCAAUCCAAUAGUUAUGAGUGUGUGGCAACAGAUUAAACUGAUUUUAGAGAAUAGAAUACUAUGUACAAUGCCCCCUGAAUACAAAUCUGUACCUAUUAAAAGCUACCUCUUAUAAA